UUAUAAAGUAAAAUGACUGCAGCUUCUUAUGUUCGAAAAGAUUUCAAAGAUAAAUUAGGAAAUAACUUUCUUCAAGCAGGAUUCUUGAUUAACGAUAAGAAAAACAAGCUUAGUUUUUCUAAUUCAGCUCAGUUGGAUUUUUCUAAGAAAAAAUUGCCUUCUUUAGACACACAGCGAGUUCUAUCAGUAAUUGAAAACUUAAUAUGUCAACUUGAAAUAGUAACUCUUAUUCCUUUUGUUAUAGAAAACUUAGAUCGUUUUUCUGCAGUAUUUGGAGAUGCGUUAAAUGGCUCUCUGCUAGAGUAUUCUAGACUUCAACUUUUAUAUAACAAGCUUUUAUCUAACACAGAUAAGUCUGCUGUUGAUAGGGAAACUUUCAACAGUUCAUUUGUUAUCAAGGAUACAGCAUCAAAAGUUUCAGAUGUUCUUAAUAGAAUUUUAACUCUAUUUCGAUCAAAUCCUACUGCAACAUUAGUAGUAAAAAAUAGUUAUAAAGAACGUAGUAAUGAAGCCAAUAACUUUAUUUUAAGCAUAGCAUCUAUAAAAGAUCAUCUCAAUAUUAGAUUAAAAACACAGAUGAGUGAAGAUGUUGAACAGAAAGUUUUUACUCUAAAUUCGAUUGUACGAGGGCAUCAAUGCCAAGCAUUGAUAUAUAAACUUGAAAUAGAAUAUAACAUAGCAGAGAAAUUGAAAGACGACCUGAUAAAACAAGUUAAUGAUAGAAUUGAUCAACUCAAUAUUCAAAUUCAAAACGUUCAGAAUGAAUCCGAUGCUAUUAAAAAUGCAAUCCUGCUAGAUGCUCAGAACAUUCAUUCUGUAAACGUUCAAGAAGCAAAUACUACUCAAUCAAAACUUCAAGAAGAUAUUUCUCAGAUUAAGCUGCAACUUCAAUCCAACCUCAAAGCUCACAGAGAGAGUGAGUUAUUUUUAAGAAAGCGGAAAUACAAGAUUGAGACCGAAGUUGAGAAUUGGAUUCAAAAGUAUGAUAAUGACAUGACAGAGCGACAGGAAGAAUAUGAUAAACUCAGUAAUGAGUAUGCUGAAGAAAAAAAACAGCUGCAGGAUCUUGAAGAGCGCUUCAGUAUAGUAAAAUUGCAAUAUGACAACAUUAUGCAUAAGCGUCAUCUCAUUGAGGAGCAUCGCAUUGAAACUGAAAUAAAAUUAAGAACAAUGGUAAAAGCUGCUAUUUUGAUUCAAGCAUUCUGGAAAGGCUAUCGAUGCCGAAAGUUAUUAAAAGCCAAAAAUAAGAAAGCAAAGAAAAAGAAAAGAAAAGGAAAACAAAAAGGAAUAAAAAAAUAAACUGAUAUUGUUUUUGACAUUUUUUAUCAAAAGAAAUAAGUAACGAUAAAGGUUUAUUAGACUAUUUAAAUAUUCUUAAAAUGUUUUAUAUUUAUU